AUGUUUGGCCUGCGCUGGGCCGCGAAGGCGAACGGCGCCCUGCAGCUGCUGACGAAACACCCCCUCCUGCGCGCCAGCCUCGCUCCUUCCAGAUCGCUGGGUGACGCCGGCAGGGUCGACUGGCGCGAGCUGUUCACGCCGCUGGGACCCAAGCAGUGGCGGGCAGCGACGGGCGAGGACAGGGCGUGCGACGUGGUGCGCCCGCCGGAGAGGCACAUCCCCGUUCCUGCCCAGGAGCUCAGCCGUGCCCUGCUGGCUCGGAUGGGCGACGACGAAGUGCGGGGGGAUAAAUACAGGCGGCUGCUCAGGCUGUUCGAGACGACGUCCCAGAUGGAGUUCGCGGACGUCAGGCGGAGGGUGAAGCGCAGCUUCCGGCCGUUCUCGCUGGCUGCAUCGGGAAAGGAGUGCGGGGAGCGCGGGCUGGCCGAAGGGAAGGCGCUGGAGGAGAGGGAGCAGGUGUUCAUUUCCGACUUGAUUACCCUGAUGAAGGCGGCGCAUUAUCGGCUGUUGAGCCAGAAGGACUGGGACGCGGCCCUGGCGGAGGACUUCCAGCUCAACAUGCCGCUGGAGGUGGACUGGGAGUGCUGUGACAAGGCGAUGCUGACGAGGUAUUGGGAGAUGCGACGGGAGGAGCGGAGGGGCCUCGCGGCGAUGGCGGACUGCGUGUUGGUGUUUCACAGGGGGGUGGGCGUCGCGAAGAUGGAGGGCCUGUUCCUGAGCGAGAAAGUUGACUUGCUGAUUGCGUAUGGGAUGGCCGCGGUGAUGGAACUCCUGUCCAGGCUGUGGAGUUUGGUGAGUGGGGAUCAGGCCGGCCCUGGGUACACUCAAGUCCCAGGUGAAGGGGCGACGGGUGUGACGGACGGGAAGACCCACAGGAAUAGCAGGAUUGUGCAACGGAGGACACUGGAUAGGGUGCUCUACGACGUCCCAACCGUGCUGUGGAACAUCCACAAAAUAGUGGAGAUUCAGGAGCCCACAUUUGAAGACAUGCUUGUUGUGUAUCGGAAGGCAGACCACAAGGCUAGGGACCCCAGGGCAGGCCAACAGGCUGUAGAGCUGGCGAACAGCAAUAUCUUCAUCAAGUCGUUCGUGGAUGUGCCCAUGGCAGAUGCCGAGUUGAUUUUUCCAGAGAAGAAAGUGCUCAUCAAGCAAAUCACAAAGAUCCAGCUGACACUGACAGUGGCUGCUGCCCUCAUUGGAGCAGCAGUAUCAGUUAUGGGGACAAAUCUUGACUAUGCGGUGAUUGGCUCAGCUGUCAUGCUCAUAUUGGGGCGCGCUGGCCAGAUCUACAGGUCAUUGGCACUAAGGAAGGCUGAACUCACAAGUGCACUGGCCAAGAUGGUUUACGCUCAGGCUAGGGACUCCCAAGAGGGAGCAAUCCUGUCAGUUUUGGACGAGAUGGCAGACCAGACCUUCAAGGAAACCAUCCUGAUGUACUCUCUACUAUUGACCCAUCCUGGAACACUGACAAAAGACAGUUUGGAUGAGGAGUGUGAACGCUUCCUGGAGGACAAUUUCAAUCUGAAGAUUGAUUUUGCACUUGACAAGUGCCUGUAUCGUCUUGAACAGGAAGGAUUGAUAUCAAUCGGAAGUACAAAUGGUGUACUUACAGUCAAGGGAUUAGAUGAUGCAGUGGAUCUAUUGAAUGAGAAGUGGCAUGGUUGCAAUAGAGAGCUGUAUGAAUUGGACGAUUCUGACUCGUUUUUGCAAGGCGGCAAGCUCCAGAAGUCCGGCACCUAG